AUAUAACACGAUUUAGUUUCCCUCUUAUUCACUUCGUCGUAUGAUAGAAAAUCACUGUUUCCAAUUAACGUAGCUUUCCAUAAUCAUUCACUCAAUUUUGUAUUUAAUUUUGUCAAGACAUUAGAUUUGAUUCUCUCAUCCUUAUAAAUAAAUAAUACAUCUCUUGACUAGUUUCAGCUUAAUACAAAAAGAUGAAUCAUCGUCUCCCCGGGAUAAUCAGCCCUCUCAGUCACAUUACUUCCGAUCCUAUUCGAUCCUCUGUUAAGCCUCCGUUACCGGUUUACUCCAAAACCACAAUAAACCAUUUGAAAUCUCUACCCGGUCUCGAUCUUUCGCCCGGGCUCACCAACCAAGAGAUCUCAGCCGUUGAAUCUUCUAUCGGUUUCUCAUUUCCCCUUGAUCUCCGUUCGAUUCUUCAGACGGGUCUUCCGGUGGGUACCAAGUUCCCCGAUUGGCGAUCCGGGUCGACCCGGAAUAACCUCCUUCUCCUCUUCAAUCUCCCUCUUCUUCAUGUAUCCAAACUCGUCGUCAGAAACGGAUUCUGGGUCGAUUCUUGGGGAACCCGACCCGGAUCCGACGCGGAGGCUCUGUCGCUCGUUAACAAGUUCAUGGAGUUCGCUCCGGUUCUCGUACCCGUCUACGAGAACUUCUACGUCCCUUCGACGACCCCGAAUUUGGCGGGAAAUCCUGUGUUUCGAAUCGACGGCGACGGAGUCACGGCUCUGAGCUGCGACGUCGCCGGGUUUCUCCAAGGGCUGAACGGAUCGGACGAUAUUCGGGAUUCCGGCGAUUCGCGACGGCGACCCCGUCGAGUGGAGUUCUGGACCGACGUGGCGGAGAGAGGGAGGAUGACGGUGGCGCGUGGUCCCACGCGCGGAUGGUGGAGCGGUUUGAGUUGUUGUGAUGAGAGGAUGAGGGCGUGUUUGGACGACGUGUUUUGGAAGCUGAGAGUGGCGGGAUGGAGAGAAGAUGAAGUUCGCGAGAUGAUGAUGAUGGACGGAGGAGAUGGAGACACGUGUACGAAAGCGUUCUCUUCGACGACGGUGCAUGGGAUGAACGAUGUAGGUGGCGACACGUGUACGGAGGGUGAAGAUUAUCGGAAAGACGGAGAGGUAACGACGUUGAGGCAUCUGCUGUGGUCUCAUGAGGCGUGAGCUUAUUAUAUAAACCGUUGGACUAGCUAAAAGUUGAUAAGUUAGUUAUGUAAAUGACUAAUGUUGUCUAUGGUUUAGAUGAAAAUGAGUUUUAUUUUGAGAUAGGUCGAGUUUGACUUUGUAAUGAGAAAUUGGUUAUUGAUGGUGUAAA